AUGGCUACCGACUUUCAGUCCUCCCUAUCCGCCAGCAUGCGACAGAGCAUGGCCCCCGUCGGCCCCUCUGCCGCAAACCAGCUGCCCAACAUCAACUUUGGCUUCGAUGACCUUCGCGAUCGCAUGGCAAAGUUCACAGCCCGAUUCGAUGCUUUCAUUGAAGAGGGCCGUAAGCGCGUUCUCGAAGAACGCAACCAGUUUCGCAUGAACGUUGCUGAGCUUCAAGAGGAUCAACGCAUGAAGAAGCGAGACAUCGAAAUCAUUCAAGUCAAAACCUCGACGCACCAACAAACAAUCGAGAAGGAAGAGGCAGAAACGCGCGAGAUGGAGAGCGCUAUUAACUCCCUCGCUGCCCAGCGCGAUAACCACCUCGCAACCCGCAACAGUCUCAAGGCUGAAAUCGCACAAACACAAGCCGAGAUCGAAGCCCGACUUGCCGCCCAGCGCGAAUACGCUCAACAGCAACAAGCGCAGUCUCGUUUCAACGUCCCCGAGCUGGACUUUUGGAUCACCAACCUCUGCCUCAAGAUUGAAGGCGCUGGCCACGACGAUCGUCUCAAGUUUGUGUACACGCAUAUUGACGAGAAGGACUGGGAGCGUGAGGCUUGGUUUGAGCUUGUUACAAGCUCGCGCGACUACGAUGUGAAGCACUGUAGGCCUAAGAUUGAGCGGGAAAAGGUUGAGAGGGUGCUUGAUAAGCUGAAUGAGACGAGGGAAUUGGUUGUUCUGCUAAAGGGCAUGAGGGAGUUGUUUGUGGAGGCUAUGAAGACCUGA